GGCAGCUAUACACUACAGGAAGCGCACUGAAGGACGGUCUGCGGAGGUGGCGUUUGAGUUAUGUUGAUUAAAGAUUGUGUUAAAAGUACUGUAAUUACAAUGCUGCUGUUAAGAAGAAUUCUUGUUGUGGCAGGUAGUUACGUUAGUAACCCUGCCUCCUCCUGUAAGAACAAUCUCAAGCAUGUGUGCAAUUUCAAGACCUCAUCUGCUGUGAUGGGACAGACCGUAUCUCAAGAUAAGGUAGUUUCCUAUGAGCAGCUGAAAAAGAUGCUGGAGAGCCACAACAUCCAGCUGUUUGAUGUGAGAAGCCCGGAGGAGUUCCAGGCUGGGAGGAUUCCGAGCUCGACAAACAUCCCCUUGGGUGAGCUGGAUCAAGCCUUGAAGAUGGACUCCGAGACUUUUAAGAAGUUGUUUAAUGUGGAGAAACCUCAAAAGCAGGACAGCAACAUUGUCUUCCAGUGCCAGUCAGGGAAAAGAAGUGCCACUGCCCUAGAAACUGCAGUGAACCAGGGAUACACCAAGGCUAAACAUUAUGCUGGAGGCUACAGCGAAUGGUCAGAGCGUGAGGGAAACUGACUUGGUCAUCAAGGAUCAUAACAAUGGGGGUGCAUUUUAAUUGGUGCGUUUACACACACAUGCAGUUAUGAAGUAUUGUAUCUUGAAUGUUUUAUUUCAAAUCAAAUCCAAAUUAAUAAGCACCCAAGUGUGUUGAGCUUUUGAGGUGUGAGACAUCCUCAGAGACACACAAGAGGACAAGGUUAAUUUUCACAUUACUAGAGUACUGGGAAUAAACUACUGUUUGCUUGACCUGUCGAGCUUAACCACGCCAAAUAUGUAUGCUAUUCCAAAUUCUGCUAUCCAGUGUUAAGUACUUCUUGUGAGUAACAAAAUCAUUUAGUUUGCAUGUAAACUUAUAAAGUCUCGCACAUCCUAAGUGCUCUAAAUUCAUUUGUAUUGCAAAUUAAUAAAAAAAUGUUUUAAAUUUUAAUCAGAGGAACCAGUUACAAAACCUUUCUUAGUUUUAACCCCUUAAGGUACACAGAGAGCGCUUGUUGUUCAAAUGGUUUCUUCAUAAAAUACAUUUGAGAGCGAUUCAAGUAUCACGAGGGAACUGAAAGUCUGGAUGAUCAGAUCCUACCUGCCAAUACAUUUUAUACCUUGUUUUGUGCACCAAAUUGCAAAAAUAAGAAAGUUAGCACCAUUUUAUUUGUGGGACACCAUGUGUCUCUUGUACCUUAAUGGGUUAAACUGUGUAUGAUUUGUAUAGUAUGAUAUGCACUGUAUCAGAGCCUGCCUCAGUUUACAGUGUAGAAGACUAAUGAUCAAAUACAGUGCAAAAUGAAAAAAGAUCAGCUGGUUGAAUUGUUAGUAUCCUUGUUAAAUAACAUUUUAAUUACGAGAGGAUGAUUCUGAAAGGUAAAUAAAAUAGUUUUAAUGAUGUA